GGACAGGAGACGUUCCCGAAGCAGGUCUGGGAAGCUGCACCUCCAUGUGGGAAGCGCAUCCCGGAGAGCAUAGAGUGCUCAGCGCAUAAGCAAGGAAGAAGCUCAAAGCAUUAGGGUAAGAGCUACGAAUGAUUCGCAAUCCAGAAUCAACACUGCACUCAGAAUGCAAGAUAGGAAAUGUGUAUGUGCCCAAAUGCUGUAACAAGAAUACAUAGCGGUGGUGGUGGUUUUUCUGCAUUAAAAUUGUACACAUUUUCCUUGCAAAUUAAAGUUAAGCUCGGUUGAUAUUUCGUCCCAGGAUCUUACACUCCCCUUUUGCCCAGUUCGUUGGGGAUGGGACCACACCUUCUGGGGUCCCCCUGUACCUUUAGCCCAGAGUGGACUGGAAAUGCUGCUCUUGCUAUUUGCAAGGAAUCGCAGCGGGCAUUAACAAGCAGCUCAGGGCUCUCCGGGGUCUCGUCACUUCGGCAGCCAGAAUGUUGAAUGCAUCUCAGACGGCAGCAUAAGCAUUCAAGGCACUCUUUAGCUUCUCGUGGGGCAACCGGCAUGCCUUGGAGCACCCUUUAGGAAUCUCUGUAUUAGGGCACUUCCAGAUGAUCCUUUUCUGCAUGCACUUGUUUUAACAUGCUCCGACUUGUUUUAGAGUUAGACUGCCCUUUGCAGUCACAUGGCAGCCGCAGGUGACUGCUUCACCCGGCCCCCGCAAAGGGAGAGCUCAAAAGGGGUUGGAAUGGCACUGUGCAGGGGGGAAAUGCUCCUGCCUCUGCACCACAGCUUUCUUGUGUGAAAACCUAGCAGGGGGAGCUAUGGCACUGAUUUUGUUGCUCCAUAUAGAGAAUCUGUGCACAGACGCUCCACACGAAGCAGCAAAAUUGGCAAAAUAACUCCUUCCUCACCCCCCAGUUUGGCUUUCACGUGAGAAAACCGCAUUGUGAGGAGGCAGGAGCCUCUCCCUCGCCCUUCAGUGCCAUUCUGAGCCUGUUUGGGCUUUCCUCUUUUUAAAAUAGAAGCAGUUCCCUGCAGCUGCUAUGUGACUGUGCGGAGCGCAUUGAACAGGUAUAUGCCUGUGCAGUAAAGUAUCAUCUAGAUGUGCCCUCAGGGUGACGAUAGUUGGGUAUCUCCUUACCUAAUGGAAAAAUUGUCUUUUCAGAUGCCGCUUCUCAGCAUCUGAUCUUCCAAUUCCCUCUGAUUGAUUGAUAUUAACAGAGAAGAAUCCAGAUGGGGUGCAGGUGCUGCAAAAUGAUACAAAGCUACAUCUUUGAUCCACAGGAAGUGCAGGCAUCGGGCUGCAUCAAUGAAAUCAACAACUACAGGUACGACACUCAAGAUGGAGGCAAAUUCAAAUGCAAGUACAACGUUGAAAUCCAAGUCCAUAAAAAUGAACUGCAGAAGGCGGAGUUGCAACCAACUGUAAACAGAAACAAACUAAACAACACUAAGGAUGCUGUUCGGAACCACAGGAAUACGGCUGUUCACGAGGAAGGGCUCAGUAACUGUCUUGAAAAAAGCAAUAUCAAUAUCAAUGGUGUGCACUCCUAUUCGAAUCUCAAAUCCAAUCACAGCGCAAACCAAAAUAAAGAGGUCAGCAUACACGUCUGCUCUGCUCAGCGGCCCAGUUGUUCAGCCAGAGAGCUCUCUCAACCACAAGAGUUCGGUGACAAAAUCUUAGAAGCAGACCACUCACAGCUACCUUUGGAGGCCAUAGAAAGCAACCAAUACAGGCAAUUACCGACUACAGGAGAAAAGGGCUCUCUAGCUCAAAGUGCCACACUGGAGGCCCAAAACAAUGGCAUAUGCUCACCUGCUCCAGACUUCUCCAAAAAUGCCACUCAACAGACAAUGGUUGGAAGUGAGAGUCUGUCAAACAGCUACACACACCCAACUCAAAGCACAGAGUGUACAGUUUUAAACAAACAUGAGGACCCGGCAUUAUGCAAGGCUAAAAGGUGCAACUCAGGAGAUCAAACCUGCAAAACAGGGACUGUAAAUGGGCGUGCUCAGGACAAAACAGCCAGCGAUAGCCCCUCCUCCCCGAGGUCCAAGGCAGGAGCUUUACUAGAAGCUGGAGAGGUUUGCUGUGGAGAUUUUAAUGGAGAGUUUGAGGACGAGGAUGCAGACAUCGCAGAGGCCCUUGCAGCCCUGGAGGCUGCUACAGCAGGCGAAGAUUUGGAGGAGGAGGGAGAGGAAUGUUAGAUCAUAGUGAUGCUGGCGCACACAGACUGAGAAUUUCCUUUUCCAGAAACUGUGUAAAAUGCUACCCAUCAGGAUUUACCAUUGUUGUAAAUUCAAAACAUCUAUUACUGAGGAAAGCUAAUGACUGGAAAUAGCCAUUGCUGCAUCAAACAUGGUUUUCUUGAGGGUACAAUAAUACUUGUACAUCUGCAAGUCUCCUUUCUUCAUCCCGAGGUGGUUCUCCCUCUCCAGCCAUAACAACCCUUCUUUGCUAUCGUACUAGCUCCACCUGUAAAGAACGUAGAUGAAGCCAAGAAUGGUAAUUUAUAGAUUAUCUAUCUCCCUACACAGAGACAACCCAAACUAUUAACUGUUACUUUAGGCAAGUGCUCUUUCUCUAUAA